CGCGCGAGCCUGGGCGCUCCCCGAGCGACCGCGGCGGGCGUGAGGUGGGGCGGGGCGCCGGGGCGCCGGGGCGGGGCCGGGGCGGGCUGAGGCGGGGCCGCCUGCCUCCCUCCCCGCCUGCCCGGGCUCGGCUGUUCGGGCUGCGUCCCAGCUCCGCGCACCUCAGCUCGGCCCCCGCGGAAACUUUCGCCUCGCGGCGGCGGGCAGCUCGCACAACCGACCUCGCCGGAUUCCCGGAGCCCCGUCCCCGCCGCUGCACCUGCUCCGCGCGCCCCGGAGACCUCGCGCCCGCGGCGGCCUCGGGGACCGCGACACAAAGGCGCGGGCGGCCGCGCUGCCUCGCUCCCUCCCCGCCCGGGCCUCGCCGCCCCCCCUGCGGCGCCCGCCGGGCGCUGGAGCCCCGAUGAUAGAGGACACCAUGACCCUGCUGUCGCUGCUGGGUCGCAUCAUGCGCUACUUCUUGCUGAGACCCGAGACGCUGUUCCUGCUGUGCAUCAGCCUGGCGCUGUGGAGCUACUUCUUCCACACGGACGAGGUGAAGACCAUCGUGCAGUCCAGCCGCGACGCCGUGAAGAUGGUCCAGGGCAAGGUGGCCGAGAUGAUGCACAACGACCGGCUGGGCGGGCUCGACGUGCUGGACGCCGAGUUCUCCAAGACCUGGGAGUUCAAGAGCCACAACGUGGCCGUCUACUCCAUCCAGGGCCGCCGCGACCACAUGGAGGACCGCUUCGAGGUGCUCACCGACCUGGCCAACAAGACGCAUCCGUCCAUCUUCGGCAUCUUCGACGGCCACGGGGGCGAGACUGCAGCCGAAUAUGUAAAAUCUCGACUCCCAGAGGCCCUGAAACAGCAUCUUCAAGAUUAUGAAAAGGACAAAGAAAAUAGCGUAUUGUCUUACCAGACCAUCCUUGAGCAGCAGAUACUAUCAGUUGACCGAGAAAUGCUAGAAAAAUUGACCGUAUCUUAUGAUGAAGCAGGUACCACAUGUCUGAUCGCACUCCUGUCAGAUAAAGACCUCACGGUGGCCAACGUGGGUGACUCACGCGGGGUCCUGUGUGACAAGGAUGGGAACGCCAUCCCUUUGUCUCACGAUCACAAACCCUACCAGCUGAAGGAGAGGAAGCGGAUCAAGAAAGCUGGUGGCUUCAUCAGCUUCAAUGGCUCCUGGAGGGUGCAGGGGAUCCUGGCCAUGUCUCGCUCCCUGGGUGACUACCCACUGAAAAACCUCAAUGUGGUCAUCCCAGACCCAGACAUCCUGACCUUUGACCUGGACAAGCUGCAGCCUGAAUUCAUGAUCCUGGCAUCUGACGGCCUCUGGGAUGCCUUCAGCAACGAGGAGGCCGUCCGCUUUAUCAAGGAACGCCUGGAUGAGCCACACUUCGGAGCCAAGAGCAUCGUGCUGCAGUCGUUCUACCGGGGCUGCCCCGACAACAUCACAGUCAUGGUGGUGAAGUUCAGGAACAGCAGCAAGAUGGAAGAGCAGUGAGCCCAGGAGGGGUCUCUGCUGCCUCGUGCUCGGCCUUCCAGCAGACUGGCCUCUUAACAUAGUGAAAGGUGGGAGUGGUGUAGCUAGGCUCACCCAGCCCAGCCACAGGUCCCCCUCCCCGAUGACUGUAGGUCUGGACUCGGUGUUGGGCAGAGCUGCUCCUGGCUAAUGUCAUCGAGAGGCUACAAAACAGCUUCCUCCUGUCCUCCCCAAGUCCUUCCUCCAGUUGUUCAAAGUCCAUAGCUGUAGAUCUCCAUGUAGGAAGUGAAUGGCAUGUGUGCCGGCUUGUCUCCCUGAUAAGAUUUGCUCCAAGGACUGGAGGCCUAGCUCACCAGGUAGGGCGCUGCCUGGGCAUACACUUGGCCCCAGGUUCCAGCCCCAGAGUCACACAGCAGGGGCCAUAGCACUGGUGAAAUCUCCAGCCCUGUGGGUUCUUUUCUUCAUGCUGCUUUUCUCCCUCUCUCUCUCUCUCUCUCUCUCUCCAUCCUUUCCUCCUUCCCUCCCUCCCUCCCUCUGAUGGGAACUUGUGUUUGGAGCAGUAGUAGGACAGGCCACCUGAGCCAUGGCUGUGACAAUGGCCCUUCCCUGAGAGGCAGUCCUGAGCAUGCCUUGCCCUCCUGAGCUUAGGCUUCUGCUCAGCAGUAACCCAGAGGCAGAUUCAGAAUUUUUCCUCAUCCUUCCACUACAGCUGGAGAGGAGACUGCAAGAGGCAUGAGGAGGACAGCACCCACAACAGAAGUAGCCUUUGGUCCUCGCACCCUGUCUUAGUCAAGUAGGCUUUCCAUACCAUACCUGGCAGCCUCUGUACCCGGGUCUGGAUUGUGCAUGACCCUAACUUUCUAUAACAGGUUCCUGUCAAACUUCACCCCCGGACACCACUGCACCCCUCACCCCCGUCUUUUGCCUUCUAUUACCAAAAACCCCACCAGGGGAAGUGGCUAGCACACCUCCUAGUCACCACCCCUACCCCUUUUAUGUCUAGGGUGCCUGGAGGAAGCUGAAGGCUCAGUGAGAAGUCCCAGGGCAUCUUUGACUAUUUGUGUUGGAAAGGGGACCUGUGAGGUUACCUCUUAGAACUGAGCUCUGGCUGCCAGCCUAGUGUAGUUUUCUUUCUGUUUUGCUUCAUUUUCUGAAUCUAGUUGCUAUCCAGUGUUCAAGCAGUGUUCUGAAACGCAGCAGCCUGGUACCAUGUGUGUACCCCUACAAGGCACACUUUGGUCAAGAGCUAGGGUGCACUUCUCCUUGACAAAAGAGAGGGGCUGCAAGCCACCUCGCCAGUGCAGAGAGCCCUGUUUGCAAUGGCCAGAAGCCAGUGGGGAUCUAAGUUUGAACCCUUAUAGUAAGAGACCCAAAGCACUUUCAUGGCCAGGCUUGCUGCUCGCAGGCUCCUAUGACCAAAGUCAGGUUUCCAAUCUCAGUAUUAUACAAGGUAAUUCCCAGAAGGCACUCAGCCAUCCUCUUGGCCUGAGUGAGGUGGCACUAACAGCCUAACAAGAUUUCCAUUGCAUCCCUACCCCACUAUGGCUGAAGUACUCCAUGACUGCCUGGUUUCAUUCUUCCUGAGCCUGGAAUCUAGCAUUAGAGCUUCUCAAAGACCCUAUCCUCUGACCACCUGCUGCUCCCAGUGCCCCUACCCUUCUUCAGCUGUGGUCCUUUCCUCAAAGCAGGUUCUAGAAAAAAAGUGAGAGGAAGAUGCCCUGGUGGCUGCCAAGGGCUGAGGUCUGUGACAGUAGGUUUUCCAGCAUGAGAAUUAGAACUCAGGCUUAUUAUUUUUCUUUCAGUCAUAAAAUGUACAGAGGUAAUGUGCAUUUACCUCUUAAGAGACUGUACAGUGAGAUGUAUGUUUUAGGGGUAAGGGUCUGAGGGGGAUGUGGAUAGCGUGCUGGUUGUGGUCCCUGGUGGGCUGGGCAGGCCUGGUAGGCUGAGUGUGCCUGGUGAUUUGGAGCAUCUGAGAGUAGACUUAGCAAAGUCCACCACCUCUCUGGAGCCUUUGAUGAUACACAGUUGCUUCUCUUCCCUUUUAACCCAAUUCCUAAAUCCAUCUUUCUUUAAUUUCAUGACUGUUGACAUUGGUGCUGUCUAGAAUGAAGAGUGAGGUUUUGGUGACAAGGAAAGAAAAAGCUAAAAACAAUCCCUGCAACAUGCAGGAGUGUAGGGCUGGCCUUCCUUCCAGUCAAGGGUCCAGGGACCUCUUCUCAUGUUUCCUACGUAGAACUGAUUCACUGCUGAUUUCACCCAAGCUGGGUGGUUAUUCCCUGCUCCCCUCCUGCCUCUCUGCCUCCUGUUCAGACUGUAAUUGUAGCAGAGCACUGUGGCAAAUCAGGAGCAGGCUGACUCGAAGCCACUCCUGAUAUCAGGUUGCCUGUUUUCCAUUCCUCCAGUCCUGGAGCUCUCUCUCCCCCUAAGCCUGUUCCCAUGGCUGAGGGUCUGAGGCUGUCACACUAGGGGUGGUGGCUCACCAGCUGCUCCCAGCUCUAUGGACAGGGAAGGUUGAAUCUGGCCAUGAGAGGACUAAGUAGAGAAGUGUGCAUGUAACACUGCCCUGAAUAGAACUGCCAGUGCUUUGGAGUCAUCGGUCGCCUGACGCUGCCCAGACUCUCAAGCUCACAUUGCCAAUAGCCCCCCUGGUGCCAAAAGUCAAGAUGGUUUCAGUCUUUCAGGAAAACCAUUGGGAUGAAGAGGCCAAGAAGCCCCCAGCGAGAUGCCCAGCCCUAGCCUGCUCAGCUUGCUUCUCCACUGCUCAGCUAUACUCUGAAUACAGGUUGGGAGCGAGCAGUGGUGGGCAGACAGCAGGGAAUGUUUUGAAACACAUUGUACUUGUGAUUCGUUAAUCAAAGGAAUAAAGGAGACUUCUCUAGAAAACCCCAAAGCCAGUGCCUGAGCCCUGCAUUGAUCUUGGUGAUUGUCUUGCCCGGGGUUCUGAACACCUGCAGUCACCGCCCUGGUGAGCCAGACUCAGGCUCCUGAACUCACCACUGCAGCCAGCACUCAAGUCUCUUCCUGGCUGUCCAGGGAAGGACUGGCCUCAUGAGUCUCGAAUGUGUGAUCACAGUGUCACAGAGUGCUUGAUAGCAUGAAGGAACAUAUCUGCAGGCUGGAUAAUCUCAAGCCUCAUUUUGCACAAGUGUUAGGACUCCAGCCCACAUUCUUCUGCAGACAGGACUUCAGGAGAGUCACGGCUGCAUCAUUUCAGCCCUUGCUAUGAUCGUGUAAGCAAACAGCCACACUGCCAGCAGCAUCCCUGGGCUAGCGGGCGAGCUGCAGAGGGAACCACAGCUCUUUCCUUGUUGGCUCGACCUCACUUUCCCCGAUUUUCCCAGGGUUGUUAGAUCUAAUGCUCUUGCAGUUGAGUUGGUGCAGAGGUUUGGAGAGGGUAGCAUAUCAGGUGGGUGGGAGAUAGCCCACCUGGUAGAGUGCAAGCUUUGCCAUGUUCAAGGAUACCUGCACAGGGGAAGCUUCAUAAGUGGUGGGGUGGUGCUGUGGUAUCUCUCUCUCUGUCUUCUCUCCCUCUCUGUUUCUCAGCCUCUGUCUUGAAAAAAAUAGAAAAGUCAGGACAAGAUGGAUAAGGGCAGUGGCACACCCAGUAGAGGGCAAACACUACCAUGUAUGAGGGUUAGGGUUCAAACCCCCAGUCCCCAUCUACAGGGGGGGAAGUUUCACAAGCAGUGGGGCAGUGCUACAAGUGUCUUCUCCCUCUUCAUAUCUUUUUUUUCUAUCUCUAUUAGAAAGAAGAAAAGUAUGUGGGGGGGGUGGCUGCUGGGAACAGUGUACCACCCUGCAGGCAUUGAGCCUCAGCAAUGCUGGUAGCAAAAGGGAAAGGAGAGGAGAAGAGAGGAGAGGAAAGAGGAGGAGGAAAGUAAAGAACCUACCAGAAACGGUACAGUCAUGCAGGCACAGAGUCACCAGUGAUUACCCUAGUUACAAAAGUUCUUUGUUUGUUUGUUUUUAAUGAAAAGGCAGCAUUUCAUUGUGCAUUUUAAAGUAUGGAAACAAAUGCUCUGGAGAAAGCUUUAUGUUUCUCUUUCUGGCCCACAUUAGACUGACCUUCCCUUGAUAUUCCCCCAGCCUGUCUUUGUGUGUCACACCAGCAUUCCUAACUCUGCAGAAAUGACAGGGCUGUUAGAGCCCUCUGGGCCCCGGGGACUUACAUCUAGAUUCAAGUGUGCUAUCUAGCUUGAUGUCACAGGAGAAAUAAAUUUCAGUGUUCCCCAAAAUGUGUCCCACAGAACACACAUUCCAAAGAUGUUUUUUUUUCUAAGAUAAGUUUCCAGAGUCAAGAAGUUUGAGAAAGGCAGUGCAUCUUGAGAUGUCCCCUUCCUGUGACAACAAAAAUUGUACAAAUUAACAUUCCCUCCAGAAAGUGAUAUUGAAACGGAUGGAGGGGUAGCAGGUGGCAGUGAGAAUCGAUGCAUAAGCACACUGAAGAUCCUAAUUUAAAUUUCUCAGAUGGGUUGUAUUAUAUGUGUAAUUUCUGUGUCUCCCAGAUUAAUUGGCCAGCUGAGCUUUUUUGUUGUUGUUGUUAUUGUUCAGUACUCCAUGCUGACUGACUUUCUCAGAUAGAAAGAGACAGCAGCUUGGGGGGGGGGGUGUGCAGUGGAACUCUCAAGCAUGAUGUCCUGAAUUAGAUCCCUGGUGUUGCCUGUGUUGGUGUGGUGCUCUGUUUCUCAUUUAAUUAAUUAUUAAUUUAUCUAAUUCAUUACUGAUUUAUUUAAUUCAUUAAUAAGUCUUUAAAGAGAGAAAAGAAAGGAAAGACAGAGGAAGAGAAGGAAAGAUACCACAGCACUGACGCUUCCUCCAGUGUGGUAGGACCCCAGGCUCUGACAUGAGUGGUCCACACUCGUGGCAAAGCAGAUGCACUGUCCAGGUGUGCUGUUUGCCAGCCCUUCAGAAGCUGUUUUUAAUUUAAUUAACAUCACACUGUGAUAGGUUUCAGGUAUGCACCACUACAAAAUGUACAUGAAAAGCAGCAUGUGCACCACUGAAAGUCCUUUUCUGUCUUUAGCAUACCAUGUCCCCUGUGUCCUGACAGACCCAUCCCUACCCCUCCCUUCUGGUAACCACUAAUCAGCCGAACAGCCCAAAAGUUUAUUUGUUGUUUUAUUUAGUUCACAUUUAGUUUCAUUAAGCAGAAUACUCUCCAGGUCUAUCCAUGUUGACAGUGGCAGGGUCUGUCUCCUUUUUUAUUGCUGAAUUGUACUCUAUUGUGUGCAUACAUGCCAUCUUUAUCCAUUGGUUAGUAGUGAGCACUUACUUACAUUGUACAGAAACUUCUGCGAGUGAUACUUGGUAACGUUCGAAGGAGCUUGUGCACUGCAUUACCUAGGUGGGAAAUUCUGCCACAUGGAAAUACUGUUGUUUUGUCUGUUCUAACAGCUGUACAAUUUGCCAUGUAGAAGCAUUAAUUGUUUUGCACAAGAGACUGCCUUGCUCAUGAAAGCAGUGUUAAGAAAGAGUACCUCAAAGUGAGUAGCAGCGGUCUGUCUCAGAUAGCAGAGCUCAGCAGUCCUGCUCUAAACACCCCUCCCUUCUCUCCCAUGAAUGGCAGCAAGUCUUGCCAGAGCAAGACAGUCCUCACUCGGGUCCAUGCCUAGAACUUUGAGUGGCUUUUUAAAAAUUACCUUUGUUCUCCACACUGAGUCAAAAUAUAUUUCACCAUCAUGUGGUAGGAAGAAAAAAAAAAUCUGAAAAAUCAGAAAAAAAGGGAGAAAGGCAUAUUGGGUUUUAAUUCAUUUUUUAAAUUUUAACUCAGUGCCUGUUGUGUAAAGAAUAUGUAAUUCAUGACCUUGUGUCCUGCCACUUUCUUCUGUUAUCCUCUUCAGAAUUAAUGAGGUAAUCUGAAACUGAAACAUAUUUUUCUACACUUCCCUUUCACAACUUAUGGAUAAAUUAAUUUGGAUGAAUCAUAUUUUCCCUGGAAUCCAAGUCUUGACUCCAGGCCCCAAAUUGUCACUGAACAGUCAGUGAGCAGUGUGUUGGAAAAGCUUUAAGUCAGGACCCUACAGUGAAGUAAAUCUAAUUGAAACCCCAGACUACAUGAAUUUAUGGUAAAAUUAUUAACUUGCACCUGGUAUUUAGUAGUGCACCCAGAUCUCGAUAUUAUCUGGAAUAUUCCAGAAUCAAAAGUGAAAUCAGGCAGACCUGGAAGGACAAGUGACAGUUGAAACACUGGGGCCUCCUUCACAGAAUGUGCUUGGAAAGACGUUUUCUAACAUACGAUUUUCUGCAAACUGUUUUUAACGUUGAUACUUUGUGUCCAUUGUUUUUUUUUGGCACCUCUGUUAUGUCGAAGACUGCAGUCAGGGUUAUGGUAGUUGCUGUGUGUUUAGUAAUAACCCCAUCAUCUGUACAAUAACUUCAGUCAAGUGAACUAAGGUCUUUGAAGAGCACAUGUGCUGACUGUUGAGUCUCAUCAUUCAAAGCCUCACCAAAAGCCAAGCAAACAGCAAAGGUGGAGCUGAUAUUUAGAUAUACGGUUCUGGGCCAAGGAGAUAACAUAAUGAUGAUGCAAAAAAAAAAAAAAAAAAAGACUCUCAGGCUUGAAGCUCUGAAGUCCCAAGUUCAAUCUCUGAUACCACCAUAAGCCAGGACCGAGUGGGGCUCUGGUCACAAAGGAAAUAAAUAAGCAAAAAUAAACAGAGAUGUGGUUUUAUUUAUUCUAAAAGUUCUAUAAUCUGGCACCAGGGCCCAGCAUCCCUGGCUCUGAAUGGGAGCAAAUUACUGCUGUGAGCACUUGUCUAAUAGGUUGGGGUUAGAGGAAGGAGACUAUUUGUGGGGAGGCUGGGCCAGCAAAGCAGAACCAUCUGCCUGCACUCACCACCCCUGGAGGAGUUGGCCAUCCACCAACCACAUUCAUUCAUCACCUUUUGUCAGGAGGCAAAUAGAGGUUAAAAGUCCACGCGUCACCACGCAUCAUAUUCCAUCUGAAUAGGUAGCUGGUGCAUAACUUAAAAUGUGUAGCCAAAGUAGAAGUAAUUAAUAAUGGAAUUGACAGGGACAGGAGGGGGGCCUUUGGGACACUCAGACAUUAAAAAUACAGGGGGAAAAAAGCGAUUAUAAGGAAAACGUGUCUGACUCAACUUUCUCACCAAGCAGAGGUUGUAUUUAUUGGUGACUGCUAACACCUGCUCAUAGAUCAAUAGGCAGCAGCUGUGCCCAUUUCCCCCUAUUCAGAUGCAAGCCUUCCCCUCUAGAGUAUUGAUCUGCUAAUGCUUUGCUUGCUGUGUUAAUGAAGACAGGAUUUUAAAGCUUGCUUUUUAUAGGACUGAUGGAAGAAUCAAUUUUAAGAACAAGAGUUUGGAACAUUUUUUUAAUAAAAAAAAAUUACAAAAUGAA